AUGGCAGACGACAUCGUGGUCGACGAGGCCUUGUUAAACCGAUCCAAGAACAAGUUCAAACGCUGCGUUUCGCACACACAAGAUGAGCUGAAGAGCUUUAGGUCAUAUCUGCGAUGGAUGUGCGUGGACCAAUCGAAUGCACGGAGUGCAUGCCUCUCUUGGUUCGUGUUCUUUUUGUUUGGGAUUUUUGUGCCAGCCAUGUCCCAUUUCGUGUUCGGUUGCGGCACUUGUGACAGCAAGCACAAGAGGCCCUACGACAGUGUCGUGCAGUUGUCGCUGAGCAGCGUUGCGAGCUUGUCGUUUGUUUGCUUGUCAAGGUUUGUGAAGAAGUUUGGGCUGCGGAGGUUCUUGUUUCUUGAUAAGCUUUAUGAUGAGAGCGAGACGGUGAGGAGGGGAUACACAGCUCAGCUCGAUAGAUCAUUGAAGCUUCUAUGCAUCUUUGUUAUACCAUGCUUUGUUGCCGAUAGUGCAUAUAAGAUAUGGUGGUACGCAUCCGAAGCCAGGCAAAUCCCUUUCGUGGGUAACGUUUACGCGAGUGCUGCAGUAGCAUGUAUAAUGGAGUUGUGCUCGUGGCUCUAUCGUACAACCGUGAUCUUCCUCGUGUGCGUUCUAUUCCGUCUGAUCUGCUACCUCCAAAUCCUACGGCUACAAGACUUCGCCACAAUGUUUGAAGUUGACUCUGAUGUUGGGUCAGUGUUGUCUGAGCACCUUAGGAUCAGGAGGCAGCUCACCAUCAUAAGCCACAGGUGCCGUGCCUUCAUAUUAUGGUCCCUCAUUUUGGUCACAGUUAGCCAAUUUGCUUUGCUGCUCAUCACAACCAAGUCCAGCACCAUGGUCAAUCUUGAUGUUUACAGAGCUGGUGAACUUGUGCUAUGCUCCAUAACUUUGGUGACUGGGUUGUUCAUCCUACUUCGCAGUGCAACCAAAAUCACUCACAAGGCGCAAGCAGUGACAUGUCUUGCUGCCAAGUGGCAUGUUUGCGCAACGUUGGACUCUUUUGAUGCAGCAACGGCUCAGAAUGGCAGUGGGCGAUCGUUGCCUGUGGUGGUGGGCAGCGAAGAGCAUGGAGAAUCAGACAAUGAAGAGGUUGAUGUUGAAGAAGAUGAAUUGGACAACACCAAGUUGAUCCCAUCAUAUGCUUACAGUACCAUCUCUUUCCAAAAGAGACAUGCUCUUGUUAAAUAUUUCGAGAAUAAUAGAGCCGGUAUUACCAUAUUCGGAUUUACACUGGAUAGGACUACACUCCACACCAUCUUUAUGCUUGAGCUCUCUCUAGUUCUCUGGUUGUUGGGGAAGACAGUGGGGAUUUCAUAA